UUGAAGCUCGACUGCCUGGGACUCGUUGGGUUCGUUCGAGAGAAAGAGGAGAACCGAAAGUAGAAGCAAAAUCUACAGGAACGAUAGUCUAGAUCUAGUCAAGGACAAAGGCAGAGCCCCUCAGCCUUGGUCUCGCGUUUCGGCAAUUGAAACGAAAUGCCGGCACCCCAACUCGAAUAUGUCAAUCACAUAAUUGAGCACGAGUGAAAUUGAGGUCCUUUCAAACGAGGGAGUCGAAGGUCUCUGGGUUGUAAAUCUUCUCUCAGACCAAGAGUAGUUGGAGGGCCAUCCAGUGUUCAGUGGCUUUGUGACUUUAUGAGAAGUUCAUCCUUAGUCUGGACAGUUAAAGUUUGGAAACGACCGACUCUGCGAAAAGGAGUGACGAAGCAGUGUUGAACGGACUCUUUUGAUGAUCCAAAAUGGAGCCGUGUUCGGAACAGUGCUCAUUGCCAGUCAGUGAGGAAGAUUCCAUCCCAUUGGCGGAUACAGAUCCUUCAGCUUUGAUUGAUGAUGAAGUGGAAAACCCCGGCAUGGGAAAUUCCAGACAAAAUUCUUCGUCAAACUCAACACAAGAGACCAUAGAAAACUCGCACCGUCCUGAAGAGUUUCACUCUGAGAGUGGGCACAACCCCAGUGAGGCUUCAAGCCGAAGUUUGUUCUGGCAAAAAGUCGGUGCCAAGCCAAGUGCGAUUAAUUCAGGCCUUCUCCUCAACGAGUGCGAGAGCCUGGAGUCCAUCCCGGGAGCCUUUUCCGACCAGUCCCGAACCCAAUCUCCGAGCUCUGGGAGAAGGAAUGACCAUUGUAACAAAAGCCACCAAACUGCCUUCAAAAGUGAUAACAGUCUGCCCUUGCAAGGUGACGGGUCUUUUUCUUCAAUGGAGGCCAUUAGUGCUCAGAUGGGACGCCAUCUUAGCCUUGAUCCAGAUAUGUCGCCAGAUGAAGUUGAAGAGAGAGCGAGGCUCAUUUCACAGGUCUUGGAACUUCAGAACACUUUGGAGGAUCUCACAAGUCGCGUUGAUUCCAUCAAGGAGGAGAACUUCAAACUCCGUUCCGAGAACUCCAUCCUAGGUCAAUACAUUGAAAAUCUUAUGCAGGCUUCUGCAGUGUUCCAACCCACGAACCCCAAGACCCCGGGACAAACGGGUGGACCACCUCUCGGCAGUCUUGGCUCAGUCGUGCGAUGCACAGCCAAGGCCGUGGCCAACUCGAGAUUGCUCACGCCGUCCUCGUCCUCGACUUCAUCCACGUCCACGCCCUCAGAUCGAGUCAAAUCCUCAUCUGCGGCCUCCACCUCCACGGGUGGGAUGUCGCCCAUUUUUUAAGCCACACUUACUCUAUUACGAGUCCUUCGAAUAACAUGGCUUUUUUCCACUCCCGAGAUUUCUUAGCAUUGGACUGACAGCUUUCUGGAAAUUUGACAUCUCACCCAAGGACUGGAGGAAGUUGGGAUUCCGAAAUGAGAAAACUUCUACGAACCCUUAGGGGAUCUUAACUUGGUGCAGAUUAGAGGAGGAGAAGAUCGACCAAAAUCCAACCAACAUAACUCCUAAUCAUUGCUGUUUGAGUGUGAUGUUAUCUGUUAUAUUUGCUGUUUAGUAAUGAAAUUUCACCUGAC